ACUUCAGUUGCAUUAAGAUGGACGGCGGCGGAGCGUACGGUGGAGGAAAGGCAGGAGCGCCUUUUGAUCCGAUUGCAUUCAUUCAAAGGCCUCUAGUUAUUUUAAGGGCAGCAUGCUUGCUCUUUGCUAUAAUAGUAUUUGGGUGCAUAAGCAGCAAGGGAUACAUUACAAAAGGAGACAAAGAGGUGUGCCUCUACAAUGGCGACAAUAAUGCUUGUAAUUAUGGCAUCGGAAUAGGUGUUAUAGCAUUUUUAGCCAGUAUUGGUUUCCUUGCUGGUGAAUAUCUGUUUGAACAAAUGUCCUCUGUUAAAACUCGAAAACAUUAUGUCCUUUUAGAUCUUGGUUUUUCGGGUUUUUGGGCAUUUUUAUAUUUUGUCGGCUUCUGUUACCUAACAAAUGCAUGGAAUAAAUCACCAGCUUCAGAAGAUGGGUACGGUGUUAAUAAUGUACAAGGAGCUAUUGCAUUUUCGUUUUUUUCAAUUUUUUCUUGGAUUGGCUGUGCCUGGUUUGCAUUUCAAAGAUUCAGACAAGGUAUACAAGAUGCAGCCUUUGCUCCAAGUUACGAAGCAGAUCCUGUAGGUGGAACAGGAUAUACAAGUUAUCCUGACGCUACAGAUGCUGCUUAUCAAGAACCACCUUUUGGUCAACAGCAGCGGGGAAUGGGGGAUUUUCAAGCCCCUGCUUAUUAAAUGUCAUCCAUAGUCAUUACCGAAAUAUAUUUUCACAAGAUGCACAGCGAACUACCAACGAAGAAAAAUGGAUUAGAUUAAUCCAUCCUGAAAACAUACUGCUCUCUCUAGUUUGUUUUUCUCUGAGAAAUGAGAAGAACUUUAUUUGCUGAUAGAUCGCUGGGCAGCAUUAAUUGUAGAGUAAGUUUUCAUGGCAGAUGUAGAGGAAGCGUUAUUUGUUAAACUGUGCUUCUUAUUGUUGACCACUUGUAAGUUACACUUAUUCAUGCGCCCAAUGACACAAAGAAACAUUAGGUACAUUCAAAAUAUGCCAUUCGAGUUUCUAGGCACGAAUUAUGAUGACCAUUCAUCAAUUACAGAAUUAAAUAUUAAAUCUUGUAAUGAAUAAAUAUAGUAAUUCCAUAAUGUCUAAGAAGUAGCACAUGCACAGGUUAUGUAUAUUUUAACAUUGUGACGUGUUCAUAGUAAACGCGGAUAUUAAUAAUGUGCAUUGUGAGACUUUAAUAAUGUGUAGGUGUGAUCUGAUGUUGGAAAGAAAGCUCAUGGUUUAUUAAAAUCAUAGA